GAAUCGAAGAACUCAAACAUGGGAUCGAGAGUACUCAGACGUGAGUGAGGAGCGCUUGAAGGAAUUACGGUCAAUCGUUGGGAGCCUUUUCAUUCAAGAUCGAAAGGCUGUCAAGCGCAAAACGGGCGACGAGUGUUGGGAGACGCACUUGCGGAUAUCCCGGCUCAACCAUGACGUCUGGAUUCAGUGGGAGAAAACUGUGAGCAAGCAGAAGUCUAGACUCCAGCAGCGCAUAAACUCUAACCGCGAGACAUUCCUGCACCUAUUCUCAACAUCUAGAGUUGGUUUGACCUGCCUGGAGGACAAGGCCAAGGGACAAUUCCGUUCAGUCGAAGAUGGGUUCCGCGAUCAACCAAUUCUGCUGGGAUCCGAUCGUUCAAAAGUGGGGUGCACCCGGGGCCGUAAAAGCUGCCCAGUCAAUCCUGGCCUACCCAACGAUGACGAACAAAUCCGACACGACAGGAGCAAGGAAUGGGAGAAGAUGGAACCGAAAGAGUACAAAGUCAUGGUUCUUGACAUAAAGCACCGUGAGGUUAAUCGGCCGAUUUAUGAAUUCGAUGUAUUGGGCUUCGAGCGUUUGAUCGAACUACAUGAACGAAAACUGAAAUUCAGGACUGACUUCCGACCUCGGUCUCGAUAUAUCUGGUGGACAUUUCUGAACGCAAUUUUUCGAACGGCUUGGAACAAAACAAAUGACCGCAAUAUUCAGCAUGAGGAAGCCCAGAAAUCGGCCUGUUAUUGGGGGAAGAGUUUCGUGGAGGAGAUUGGUCAUGACGUCGAGAGCAUUUUGACAAUCGGUACUGAAACGGAGGAACAGGGCGAAAUCUGUGCAGAGGGCAAAAGAGCUGCUGAGAGGGGAGGUUUCUGA